UGGUUCGCACGUUUAUGCCCUUUGCAGACCUCUACUGCAACUUGAACCAGCUUCGACCUUCAACGACUGUGCACUGCUGCGAUUUCAUUUGUCCUUGGCCAUUGAGCGCUUCCGAGAGAAUUCCACUACGCUCUCGCCAUGGAGGAUCUCAAAGUUGCGAUUUUUUGGUGAUUGGAUGUAACUCGAUAUAGUGGGUGGUGAAGCAAUGGGUAGAGCGAUCUCGUUUCUCGUUCAACCGCGAUGCCUCCUCCUCUUCGUUGUUCUCUCAAUUUUCUUGAUUUUCGCAUUAUCUGGUUCCAAACGGGUUGAGGAGAAAGUGGAAGAACAGCCUGAAAUUACAAACAGAGUAUUCUUGGAUGUUGACAUUGAUGGACAACAUUUAGGUAGGAUUGUCAUUGGAUUAUAUGGCCAAGUUGUACCAAAAACUGUGGAGAAUUUUAGAGCUUUGUGCACAGGGGAGAAAGGAAAGAGUGCUAGUGGUGUAAAACUUCAUUACAAAGGAACACCGUUUCAUCGCAUAAUAUCCGGUUUCGUGAUUCAGGGUGGAGACAUUGUUCAUCGUGAUGGAAAAGGAUAUGAAUCAAUUUAUGGUGGAACCUUUCGUGAUGAGAAUUUCAGGAUAAAACAUUCACAUGCUGGCGUUGUGUCUAUGGUGAAUUCCGGUCCUGAUUCCAAUGGCUCACAGUUUUUCAUCACCACGGUGAAGGCCAGUUGGUUAGAUGGAGAACAUGUUGUAUUUGGCAAGGUUGUCCAAGGUAUGGAUACUGUUUUUGCAAUUGAAGGGGGUGCUGGAACCUACAACGGGAAACCCAGAAAGAAGGUAGUGAUUGCGGACUCGGGGGAGAUACCCAAGAGCCAGUGGGAUGAGGAAACAUGACCUUUCUUGUUGCAAUGAUAACAAAUUGUUCCACAUGUUACAAAUUUUGUUAAAUUUCCUCUGUAAAAUGUCUAGGAAAUCUCACUAGUCAGUCCCCUCCCCCCAUGACAAUCCCGCACUUUUUUUACCCCUUUCAUUAUUUUUGUUAGCUUUGCUUAUUGUAUUUCACUACUUACAUUAACCCAAACCUGUAUUCUGUAGAGAAAGGGAAAGAAAUUAAAGGAGCUAAUGCGGUUUCC